GUCUGUGAUAAAUCGCAGCGUUCUCUAAAUAUUUGCAGCGUCCGCCCCAGUUGCCCCCAAGGUGGAAAAAAUGACUCCAUCCUUUCUUAAUACCAACAGGCUGACAUCAGGGUCCCCAGUGGGCAGCGAUUGGCCGGGCUGGCCGGCCAAUGGGAAGGUCCCCCCCCCCCCGGACAUGCGGAGGGGGAAGAGCCGGAGAGCAAAGAGUUUUAAAAAGUUGCAGGGAAAGCGAGGAAGAGGCAGAGGCUCACAGGGCACCAAGCAGGGCUCCCAUCUCCAGCAAGGCCAAAGGCGACAGAGGCAGGAUGUCCACCGCACACUUCAACCGGGGACCGGCCUACGGGCUGUCAGCGGAGGUCAAGAACAAGCUGGCCCAGAAGUACGACCCGCAGCGGGAGCAGGAGCUGCGGCUGUGGAUCGAGGACAUGACGGGGGAGCGCCUUGGAGACAACUUCAUGGAGGGGCUGAAGGAUGGCGUCAUCCUGUGCAAACUCAUCAACAAACUCCAGCCUGGCUCCGUGAGGAAGGUGAACGAGUCCACUCAGAACUGGCACCAGCUCGAAAACAUCGGUAACUUCAUCAAGGCCAUCACCACGUACGGCGUGAAGCCACAUGACAUUUUCGAAGCCAACGACCUCUUUGAGAGCACAAACUACACCCAGGUGCAGUCCACCCUGAUUGCCCUGGCGAGCCAGGCCAAGACAAAAGGCAACAAAGUGAACAUGGGUGUCAAAUACGCCGAGAAGCAUCAGCGUCGCUUCCAGCCCGAGAAGCUGAAAGAAGGACGGAACGUUAUCGGGCUGCAGAUGGGCACCAACAAGUUUGCCAGCCAGCAGGGCAUGACGGCAUAUGGCACCCGCCGGCACCUCUAUGACCCCAAACUGGGCACAGACCAGCCCCUGGAUCAGGCCACCAUCAGUCUACAAAUGGGCACCAACAAGGGAGCAAGCCAGGCGGGCAUGACGGCCCCAGGGACCAAGCGGCAGAUCUUCGAGCCCAUGCUGGGCAUGGAACACUGCGACAGCCUCAACGUCUCCCUGCAAAUGGGAAGCAACAAGGGCGCCUCACAGCAGGGCAUGACUGUGUACGGGCUGCCACGCCAGGUCUACGACCCCAAAUACUGCCUCCAGCCCAACUACCCCAUGGUCGGCGAGGACGAGUACAACCACAGCCAACACAACUUCUACAACUCCGAGUGAGGGGCCGGGCCGGGGCGAGGCCGAGGCCUGGACUGAACAGAGAGACAUGCAACCAGGGCGCGAGAAGAAACUUUUUUUUUUUUUUUUUUAAAAA